CCUGCGCGGUAUAUCACACAAAAUGUCUUUCACAGACGGGGAGAUUUAUCAGUCCAAUUUUGACCCGGCUGCGUACCUUGCUUCUUUUUGCAGUUUUGGGACAGGGAGAGACAGCAUAUUAAAGUUCCGGCUUCAGAAAUGCUUUGAGACGUUUGGACCUGGGGGGAUAGGCGGUGACGUCCUGAUUGACAUUGGAACAGGACCCUCCAUCUACCAGCUUCUGUCUGCCUGCGAAGCCUUUAGAUCUAUCAUUGCAACAGAUUUCACCGACAAGAACCGUCAGGAACUUGAAAAAUGGUUACGAAAAGAUCCCGGAGCAUAUGAUUGGUCGGAGUUUUCUAAGGCUGUUUGCGAGCUAGAAGGCGACAAAAAAGCAUGGAAUGAAAAAGAGGAGAAGCUAAGAGCAGCCAUUAAGAAAGUCCUCAAAUGCGAUGUGACCAAGAGUAAUCCACUGGAUCCAGCAUCGAUCCCUCCUGCCGACGGGGUGAUUUCCGCGUUAUGCCUGGAAACAGCUUGCCAAGAUCUCAGCUCUUAUCAAACCGCGCUGAGGAACAUCGGCUCCUUAUUGAGGCCAGGAGGACAUCUGGUGCUGAUCGGGGUCCUGGGGGAUUCGUUCUACAAGGUUGGUCAACAGAGGUUCUCCUGCCUGCCCCUCGAUGAGCAGAAAGUCCAGAACGCCGUUGUGGAUGCUGGUUUCACCGUUAAAAAAAUGGAAGUCUUCAUUAUACCCGAUGCGGCUUCACAUGCCGACAUUACGGAUAGCUACGGGAAUUUUUUUUUGGUGGCGAAAAAAGAAGCAGAUAAAUAAACGUGCUACAAUGUAAUUUCAGGCAUAAUCAGGUAACUUCUGGUUUUGCUCUAGAAUGUUCUAGAAUCUUCACAAGGAUACUUUUCUAUCUCAAAUCAGGGCCGGCCCCAUAAUAUAAAGAGAAUUUCGAUUUUGGGAGAAAAAGUAUUGAGAUCAGUAUUAUUAAUCACUAAUGAAACACCAACACGAUCUGCUGUCAUGAAGUGAUAUCCCUGAGCUAAUAUUUACUCACGCUGACACCUGAUAAUCUUGUGACUAUGAAGAUGUCUUUUUUUCAUUAAAUGGAACCUAUUCAUUGUCA